AAAACCCCGCGAGCUUCAGAACCUCCAUCUUCGUUCCCCUCAAAGAAAGGCGAGGCGAUCGAAGAAGGAAGUUAACAAUGGGGAACUGCUUCACCAAGUCGUACGAGAUACCCAUCACGUCGGGGACGAUCGAGCGGCCGCCGACUUUCACUCAACAGCCGACAACGGCAACCGCCAAUCACGGUAAGCCGCCAAGGCCGCCGCCGUCGACAUCGCGGCCGCCGACAUUCCCGAAGCCGUCGUCCGGCCGUCCGCCGCUGCCGAGCCUCCUGCCGGGGUCCAUGUCCCGGAGGCCGUCCCGCGCGGCGAUCGGCCCCGUGCUGCAGCGGCCCAUGGCGGACGUGCGGUCGCAGUACAACCUGGAGCGGAAGCUGGGCAGCGGGCAGUUCGGGACGACGUACCUGUGCACGGAGCGCGCCACGGGGCUCAAGUUCGCCUGCAAGUCGGUGUCCAAGCGCAAGCUGGUGCGGCGCGCCGACGUGGAGGACAUGCGCCGGGAGGUCACCAUCCUGCAGCACCUCAGCGGCCAGCCCAACAUCGCCGAGUUCAGGGGCGCCUUCGAGGACACCGACAGCGUGCACCUCGUCAUGGAGUUCUGCUCCGGCGGGGAGCUCUUCGACCGCAUCACCGCCAAGGGGAACUACUCCGAGCGACAGGCGGCCGCCGUGUGCCGCGACGUGCUCACCGUCGUCCACGUCUGCCACUUCAUGGGGGUCAUGCACCGGGACCUCAAGCCGGAGAACUUCCUGCUCGCCAGCCCCGCCGACGACGCGCCGCUCAAGGCCAUCGACUUCGGCCUCUCCGUCUUCAUCGAAGAAGGAAAGGUGUACAAGGACAUUGUAGGAAGUGCAUACUAUGUGGCACCAGAAGUUUUACAUAGAAAUUAUGGGAAAGAGAUCGACGUCUGGAGCGCUGGAGUGAUCUUGUAUAUUCUCUUAUGUGGGUCGCCGCCUUUCUGGGGAGAAACGGAGAAGGGCAUAUUUGAUGCUAUACUGGUGGGCCAACUUGAUUUCAGCAGCAGCCCGUGGCCGACGAUAUCUGAAAGCGCGAAAGAUCUUAUCAGGCAAAUGCUAAACAGAGAUCCCCAGAAGCGUAUUACUGCAGUACAGGCCCUAGAACAUCCAUGGCUAAAGGGUGGUGCAUCUGACAGACCUAUCGAUAGCGCAGUCCUAUUAAGGAUGAAGCAAUUCAAGGCGAUGAACAAGCUAAAACAACUAGCGCUCAAGGUAAUUGCAGAGAACCUAUCACCAGAGGAAAUCAAGGGACUAAAACAGAUGUUCAAUAACAUGGAUACAGACAAGAGUGGGACAAUCACAGUUGAAGAACUGAAGAUUGGUUUGACAAAGUUAGGAUCAAAGAUUAGUGAAGCAGAGGUUCAGAAGCUUAUGGAAGCAGUGGAUGUAGACAAGAGUGGCAGCAUAGAUUACACGGAAUUCCUCACUGCUAUGAUGAAUAAACAUAAGCUGGAAAAGGAGGAGGAUUUGCUCCUUGCAUUUCAACACUUUGACAAAGACAACAGCGGGUACAUAUCAAGAGAAGAACUUGAACAAGCCAUGACAGAGUAUGGAAUGGGUGAUGAAGCAAAUAUUAAAGAAGUACUGGAUGAAGUUGACAAAGAUAAGGACGGGAAUAUCGACUAUGAAGAGUUUGUGGAAAUGAUGAGGAAAGGAAUAUAUACCUGAGGAAACUAGGGCCUCUUGAUGAAUGGAGUUGUAUAGAGAUAUUUUAAUGUAUACCACAAAGAAGCAAACUGUAAAUUACAACUCAGGAGCAAGUUGCUUUGCUAAUGUGUAUGUAUAAUUUUAUAUAGACAAGCAAUGCUGCCAUAUUUCAGAACA